AGGAAGAUUUUCCAGGUGCUUCGAUGCCUUUGCCGAAACUACAGUAUCAUUCCUCCAGCAUAUAUUAUUUGUUCGAGUUCAUUGCGCAAGAGCGAUGACUAUGCUUUGGAGCACGGAGGACAUGCGGAUGUAUGGCGCGGACAAUACAGUCUGCCCACUGGUCCGAUCAGUGUGGCGUUGAAAGCAAUCCGUAUAAAUGCCAAGAAUGCAUCGCGCGUAUACCCAAAUGUGUGUCAGGAGGUCGUGAUGUGGCGACGCCUCCGCCAUCCGAGGAUAACGCCGAUGUUAGGCGUUGACACGAAGCUCUUCCCAUUGUGUAUUGUCAGCAAAUGGGUCGACAACGGCACUAUAACCGAGUUCCUCAAGAAGUAUCCGGCCGAGAAUCGACUGCAAUUGCUCCUGGAUGUUUGUGAAGGUCUGCAAUAUUUGCAUUCGGAAACUGUGACACAUGGCGAUCUGAAGAGCAGCAACAUCCUCAUCGACAGCACACGACACGCGUGUCUGUGUGAUUUCGGCCUGACAACCCUCAUUCAUAAUAUGGACACGAUAGAUCCUGCAACGCAGAGCAAUGGCGGGCAAGGUACUCUGCAAUACAUGGCGCCUGAGAUAAUGGAUCCGGAGAGUUUUGAUCUUAGUCACGCACACGCCUCAUUGGAAGGCGACAUUUACGCUUUGGCAAUCAUGAUGUGGGAGGUCUUCGCAGGACGACCUCCGUAUAGUAACUUACGGCACAUCGGUCAAGUACAUAACCAGGUGCUACAAGGGAAAAGGCCUCUCCGCCCCUCUCAUGCACUUUCACUGGGCUUGUCCGAUCCCGUCUGGGAACUCAUGGAGAACUGUUGGCGGUCGAAUUCUCGUGAACGCCCACCGAUUGGACAUGUGCUGUCGAUCGUUGCAGGCGCUGUCGCGACGUUUACGUCAGCCUCGACAUUAGACUGA